AUGGCUAGAACAAUCCCUGAAUACUAUGCAUUCGAAUAUCUACCAAAAUGUGAAAUUGACGAUAGUUUUUUGUCGUCCUGGAGAGGAUUGGCGUAUCCGUGUCGUGUGAUUCAGUACAUUUUCCUUCCCAUUCAAUUGCUCACCGGAUAUUUUAUUUUGAAAAAGACUCCGGCUGUUAUGAAAACGAUGAAACAGUCUUUGCUAGUUUUUCAUGUUUGCUGUACUAUCCAAGACCUCCAUUUUCUCACACUAUCCACCUCUUAUAUAUUCCUCCCAUCCUAUGCAUUCUUCGGUGUUGGAUUCUUCGCCUGGCUUGAGUUCCCACCACUUCUGCAAAUCCUGCCCAUGUUUUUUGUACUAUUUUGCACCGAAUCAGCUACAAUCUACCUAUUUGAAAGUCGCGCCAGCAUCAAUCCAGAAAACAUAUUCAGAUUUACAAGGACUCGUAGUCGACUGAUUUACUACUUAGGAACCUUGGGACUGAAUUGUAUGAUCUAUAUAUUGUUCAUAUUCAAAGUACCCGAAGAUCAGGAAGCUGCUAAGUUAGAUAUCCUAAAGUUUAUUCCAUGUCCAACCAGAGAGUUUUUUACGGAACCAGUGUUUGUGCCUGCCGAUCAAGAGUGGUCCAACCUUAUGCUUAUGUAUUUCAUACCAGUUUUCAUAGGUAUGACAUUAACUCAAAUGCUAUUUUUCUUCUCUAUCUCGGUAUAUUAUCUGUUCGUUCGCAAUUUUGCACUUUCUUCGAAAACUCGAAAACUUCAGAAGCAAUUUUUCAUUGGGAUCCUUGUCCAGACUGGUGUCCCACUUUGUAUUUUUAUUUUCACUUAUACUGCAUUAAUGGUUUCCUAUGUUAUGGGUGAUUUGACACAAGCUCAAAUGAACGUUAGUAUUGUCAUUUUUGGAGUACAUGGAUUCGCGGAGAGUGUUGUGAUUAUUUUGGUCCAUGAGUGUUAUCGAAAGGAAGUUGGGAGAUUUUUGAUGAGGCAG